AUUGGUCUCGCCCACCGGGACCCACGUCACUGGCGCGCGCACGCCACGCCGCUCGCCCCCGGUUCCCUCGCCCGGCCCCCGCCCACCCCGGCUCCGUCCGCCAAUCAGCGCGCAGGGAGCGCCCGUCCAGCCCCGCCCACCGGCGGCUAUGAGGAGGCGGCGCAUGCGCAGUGCGGCCGGAGGCCCCUCGGGGGGUUCGUGGCUGCGGAGAGGGACUGCAGCUCCUGUUUGCCGGGUGCUGGACCAAUCGCUGCGCUGGUUGUUGCUGACGUCGUGAUGACGCUGCUGAUCGCGGGCGGGGCCUAUUGCCUGGCGAGGCGUGGCCAGCGAGCCCCGCCCAGUCCCCGCCCCCCCGAGCCGGACUCGACCUAUCAGGAGCUUCAGGGCGCCCGCGCGGACGUUUACAGCGAAUUGAAGCGCUGAGCCGCCCCUCCCCCCGCCGAGAGGACCCAGGCGUGCGAGCCCCUCCCCCCCCCCACUCAAUAAAUUCCCCUUUUUUGCCCCGUU